GGUAACUACAUACGUACCAUGAAUGAUCAGUUUCACAUUGGAGGUGAACCACACUUCCAAGGUCAAGAUCUGUUUGAGGAUUCACAGGUAAAAUGGACAGCACUCUCAACACCAAAUGACAGUCUCAGUAGCAAUGGUAAGAGUUGCCUGCCUUCGUAUUACCUGGAGAGCUCUUACCAACGGAAAGGUAGCCCCAGUUUCAAUAAAUCAUGUGAUAGCUCCACCAGGCUCAAGGCUGAACCAAUGAUGCCAGAAGAGGCAAUUAAACACUACAUACAGAAGCUGACACCUUAUGAGGAACACGAAAUCGCCAGCUAUUCCGAGAUCUAUUUUGUUGGACCAAAUUCUAAAAAGAGACCAGGAACCAUUGGAGCGCCGAACAACAAUGGUUACGACGAUGAGCAGGGUUCGUACCUGUAUGUCCCGCAUGAUCACAUCGCCUACCGAUAUGAGGUUAUCAAGGUGAUCGGAAAAGGUAGUUUUGGCCAAGUGGUGAAGGCUUACGACCAUAAGCUCCACCUGUAUAUCGCUUUGAAAAUGGUGCGAAAUGAAAAGAGGUUUCAUAGGCAAGCGGCUGAGGAGAUCAAGAUACUGGAGCAUCUGCGGAAGCAGGACAGGGACAACAGUAUGAACGUUAUCCACAUUUUCGAGAGCUUUUCUUUCCGUAACCACAUCUGUAUGACGUUUGAACUGCUCAGUAUGAAUCUCUACGAACUCAUCAAAAAAAACAAGUUCCAAGGGUUCAGUCUGCCGCUUGUCCGUAAAUUUGCACAUUCCAUCCUGCAGUGCCUUGACGCCUUGUACAAAAACCAUAUCAUCCAUUGCGACUUGAAGCCCGAAAACAUCCUGCUGAAGCAGCAAGGGCGCAGCGGAGUUAAAGUCAUCGACUUUGGAUCCAGCUGCUACGAACAUCAAAGAAUUUACACGUACAUACAGUCGCGUUUCUACCGAGCUCCCGAAGUGAUCCUAGGAGCACGGUAUGGGAUGCCCAUUGACAUGUGGAGUUUGGGAUGUAUUCUAGCCGAACUGCUGACUGGAUACCCGCUGUUGCCCGGUGAAGACGAGGGAGAUCAGCUAGCUUGCAUGAUGGAGUUAUUGGGAAUGCCACCUAAAAGACUGCUGGAACAAUCCAAGCGGGCCAAAAUGUUCAUCAGUUCGAAAGGUUACCCCAGGUAUUGUCCUACGGUAACACUUUCUGAUGGGACCCUGCACUUGAACAGUGGGCGAUCUCGGAGAGGUAAAGUUCGAGGCACUCCUGGUCAACGGGACUGGACGAGUGCUCUAAAGGGCUGUGAUGACUCAUCUUUCAUUGACUUCCUGAAACACAGCCUGGAGUGGGAUCCUGCCUUACGUAUGACACCAGCACAGGCCUUACGACACCCUUGGCUGCGAAGACGUCUGCCAAAGCCUCCAGCGAGUGACAAAACGACUUUUGUGAAACGCAUGUCUGCGAGUCCCACUGCCCUGAUGGACGCAGUGUCUAAACUACCUCCACCCUCUCCAGCCAGCGUUCCGAACAAACUGAGAUCCAAUCUUAGUCAGAGUACGGACUCCAAUCCUAACAUGACCCAGAGGACAGUACUGCCAAAGCUGGUCAGCUGAUUGGGUGUGUUGAACGAAAAUGAAAAAACAAAUAUUAAUUCAGCCAGAAUAUGGAUUUCCGUGGCAUGGAGUA